GUGACCCUCGUGGGAUUGAAAGCCAGAAUUAAAGGAAAGGGAAUCGCAGGUCGAGAAUCUGAAUCUAUUACUCAUUAUCAUUGGAUGCGUCCGUCAACAUGCUUUUGCUAGACUACCACAACGUUCUCAUCCACUCCCUCCUGACGGAGCGGUUCUCUGGAGCCCCGCCCGUGUCAAUCGACCAAAUCGUUUCCGAUUUUGACGGGGUGACCUUCCAUCUGUCUACGCCAGAAUCCAAAACCAAGAUCCUCAUUUCUAUCAACGUGAAAUGCUUCCGGGAGCUUGUCCAGUACGGUGCCCAGGAGGUGCUGGAAAGGGAAUACGGCCCCUACAUUGUCACCCCGGAGCCCGGCUAUGACUUCUCCGUCCUGAUCGAUCUAGAGAACCUGCCCGCCGAGCAGGAGGCGAAGGAUGAACUUAUCAUGCGCCUGGCGCUGAUGAAGCGCAACGCCAUGGCCGCCCCCUUCGAGAGAGCAUUCGAUGAGUUCGCUAAGCUGGCCGAAGAGGCUUCGAGAUACACGAGCGAGACUGCGCCCCAGGGAGUUAAGGAAGGAGGAGAGGUUAUGGCCAUCCACUAUCGAGAGGAGGAAGCGAUUUACAUUAAAGCCAGUCAUGAUCGUGUCACGGUGAUCUUCAGCACAGUGUUCCGGGAGGAGACAGAUCGCAUCUUUGGCAAGGUGUUCCUGCAGGAAUUCGUCGAUGCCAGACGCCGUGUCCUUACCUUGCAAAAUGCCCCUCAAGUGCUCUUCCGAAACGACUGUCCCCUGGAGCUGGCUGGUGUGCCUGGCCUCCAGAACGGUAACGACGGUAGUAUCAGCUAUGUCACUUUCGUCCUGUUCCCUCGCCACCUGACCCCACAGCGACGCUAUGAGAACAUUUCUCACAUCCAGAUUUUCCGGGAUUACUUCCAUUACCACAUCAAAGCAUCCAAGGCAUACAUUCACACUAGGAUGCGCAAGAGGACCGCGGACUUCCUCCAAGUUCUCAACCGGGCGCGGCCCGAGAACGAGGAGCGAGAAAGGAAGACGGCCAGUGGCCGUACUUUCAGGGUUCAGGGAUAGAGAGCUGGCUCAAGAAUAUAAUCUUUGUAAAUUGCAGGCGAGGGGUGACAUACGCACAUGCAUAGGUCGAUCUUAUUUUUCUCUAGGAUGUAUAGGUUGUCGAGCAUCAUAAGUAUUUUUUAUUUCCCUUUUCUUAA